CGACGGGCCCGGCAUCGAUCACGUGGUCGUGUUUACGCCCGUCGGCGGAGAUCGCGCUUUAUGGAGGCGGGACGACGUCUUUUGGUAGUUAAUGCCGACGACUUCGGUUAUUGCGCCGGUAGGAACGAAGGGAUAAUACGCUGUAUACGAGAAAAUGGUGUUUCGUCCGUUUCUGUUUUGGUUAAUGGAAUGGCGGCCGAAGAAGCGCGUUUACUGCGAUCUUUCCCCCUACAUUCGCUUUCUGUCGGUUUGCAUUUUAACAUAAGUGAAGGUUGCCCUCUGUCUCCUGUUUCUUCAAUUCCUAGUUUGCUGAACAAAGAAAAUCAUUUUCUAGGAAAAUUUUCUUUCCAUCAAGCUUCUAUCAAGGGUGAAAUUAUUAAGGAAGAGGUUGCGAGAGAAUUGACAGCUCAAAUAAAUCACUUUAAACUUUUGAUGGAUCGACCUCCGACCCACGUUGACGGUCACCAACACGUUCACGUUUUUCCAGGUGUUAGAGAUACUUUUGCAAAAGUUUUACAAAAUGAAAACAUAACUUGGACCAGGAUGCCAAUUGAUAAUCAAUUAGAGAAAUGUGACUGGAUUAAUGCUGAAAGGAAAAAAUUUUAUAAUGAUGUUGUUAUAAUGGCAAAAGAAUCUUCUAAAAUAUUUAAAAAUUACAAUAUAAACUUCACCAAGAGAUUUAUUGGAAUGUGUUGCAUGGGAAAGGACAUGACACUGCAGCGACUUAAGAGUGCCAUUUUGGAUUACAAAUGUUCGGAAGAAAGUCACUCGUGCGAAAUUAUGGUUCAUCCCGGUUACGCAGCUCUGCCAGGUAUCGGAGGAUGUGGAACAGGACCCGACGAUUUUGCCCUCUCUCCAGAAAGGGAACACGAAAUGAAUAUUUUGUGCAGUCAAAAUUGGAAGAAUUUAAUUAAAGAUAUAAAUGCAGAAUUAGUUUGUUUUACACAAAUUUUGCUAAUUAAAGAUAAUGUAUAAUUCAUCAAUAAUCAUCUUGGGAUACUGAGAAGCAUUUAUUUGCUAUACACAAAUGUUUUCAGCCUAAUGUAUAGGUUACUGAUUCUUGGAACGUAAUUUGUAAUUACGGUAUAAUGUAUAGAUUUGUAAAGUAACCACAGAUGAGUUUUAGAAAGAAUUUCAAAUUAUAAUUUUAUUAAUCAAUCUAUAUUUUUACAA